AUGAUAGAACAAACACCAGUAUACAAAAACUAUUCAUCAAAACCCAUGCCCCAAUUACAAUAUCCAACAUUCCCAACCGCUGCUGCAACCACAAUAAACCAAUUCUACUUUAAUAGAAUUAAAUUUAAACAUAUAAGAUCAUUGGGAUUUAUGGUAAAAAGAAAAUUAUGGAACUUAUUAGAAAUUAAAUUAAAAGCAGAUGAAUAUAUAUUAAUAAAAUCUAGAGAUAUAAAACUUUUUUUAGAGACUAAUAGAGAUGUAAAUUUAAUUAGUUUGUUAUAUGAAAAGAAAAAAGAACAGCUACACAUGUUUGAUUUAGUAGAAUGUGCAUACUCUUUAGAUAAUAUAGAAGCAUUAGAGUAUUUCCUAUCAAUGAACGUACCAACAUUUUUACCAAACUAUACAAUUAAUAAAAAAAGUUUUUCAAUAUCAUCAAUUAAAUCAUUAGAACUACUAUUAAAAUAUCGAGUAAAUAUCAUAGAACCUUAUAGUAUCAAUAUCAAUAAUAACAAUAACAAUAAUAACACAACAGCAGCUUCAUCAUCAUCAUCAUCAUCCUUAUCAUUCAGUUUAAACAAUAGUAAUAGUAAUAGUUAUAAUUAUACAACGACAGUAUCAUUAGUAUCCAAUAUAAAAAAUAGUUUUAGUAAUAGAAAUAAUAAUACAACAAUAGCAGCACCAGAACCUACAAUAUUCAGUUUAAAAAAUAGUAAUAGUAACUAUAAUUUAAAUAGUAGUGUUAGUGAAUAUAGCAAUCUAAAUAAUAAUAGUAUCUGUUUAGCCCGAAGCGCAAGUUGUAGUAGUAUAAGCAGUUGUAAUAGUAAUGAUAGCAAUGAUAGUAGCGGUAGUAGUGGUUGUAACAAUAAAAACAGUAAUAGCUUUUUAAUUAAUAAUGGUAAUAUAACACUUCCACCACCAUCAUCAUAUAGAAAUUUAAUUAAAGAGAAAUUAAAAUCACCACCAAAUUAUUUACUACCACAUUUAAAAACAUUAAAUAUGGGUAAUAUUCAAGAAGCAUUAGAUAAGUUUAAUUCAAACAGAGCAGACUACCCAAAGAUUACCUAUGAAGUUAUAAAGAAAUGUCUCAAGUAUUCAAAUAUUGAAGAUUUAGAAAAACUAUUUAGAGCAAUCAGUACAAAUUCUACAGGUAUACCAUUCGAUAGAUUCUCUCAAUCAGUUUUAUGUGGAAGAAAGGAUGUAUAUAGUUUAAUAGUUAAAAUAUUCCCUGAAUUUUUCAAUCCACUAUCAUAUAGCCAAUCGAUUAGACAGACCAUUAUAAGAGGUGAUUUAGAAAUGCUCAGUUUCCUUAUUGAAAAAUAUAGAGAAGUAAUGGACUAUAAUACCAAAGAUAUAAAAUCUGAAUUAAUAGAAUUAUCAAUUAAAAACAAUCAUCCACAAAUUUUAAAAUAUAUUUUAAAUAAUAUUAAAUAA